CUAGUUCGCGGGCCCUUUAAUAUGUUUUUUAAACAUUUAGGCAGGAAGUUGUAAUAAGCACGUGCACGGAAGAAUAAAGUGUUGCCCUAGCAACGGAAAAAACGUUGAGCUUUUUUAAAAAAAGUUACCUUUUUUAUCAAUAAAUCAUGCCUUUGAUUGUAAAAGAUUACUCGUGGACUCAGACGGAAGCUCUGGUGUACAUAAAUGUACCUUUGAAAGGCGUGAAAGCUGGAAAAGUAAAUAUAUUUUCCACAGACGAAUAUCUUAAGGUAAAUUUCCCCCCAUUCUUAUUCGAAGUAAUACUGUAUGCGCCGAUAGAUGAUAAUAAAAGCGUUGCAAAGAUUGGAAAUGGAGUAGUUAUCUUCACAUUGUAUAAAAAGGAGGAGUCAAUAUGGGAAAAUCUUGCAAUCAUAAACGUUGGUAAAGAGACGUUGCAGAAGAAAAGAGAACAUGCUGUCCUUAAGGCUCAGCAAAAGGCUGUCGCUGACACAGAAGCAAAAGCAAUCAAGAAAAGAGAAGAUGAGAAAUAUGCAUUGGAGAUAAUGAUGAAGCUGGAAGAUGAGGAGAGAAAAAGGAUUGAAGAAAAGAAGGAGCAGGAGCGAAGGAGAGCUACAGAAGAGCUGGAGCAGUGGAAGGAGAAACAGAGGAAAGAAGAGGAAGAGAAAAAAGCACAACAGAGGCGAGAAAUACGAAAGCUUGAACACGAGAAGAAAAAAGAUGAGUUGAAGACACACUCAAAGUCUUUGUCAGAAUGUCCUAGAAAGAGAACCGUGACUAAGACAGGAAAGUCAGAAGAGAUAUCUUUGCCCGCUCCACGAUCUGCUGGCAGCAUCAAAAUCCAGUUUACUCCUCGUGUGUUUCCCACAGCUCUGCGAGAGUCCCUUGUUGCUGAGGAAGAAGCGUGGCUGAAAAAGCAGGCAGAUGCAAGACGAGCAGUGAACGCUGAUAUGUCUGAGCUAAAGGAUCUUAAGGAAGAAGAGAGGAAUCCAGACUGGUUAAAGGAGAAGGGAAAAAAAUUGUUUGCCACACAGAAUUACCUAGCUGCUGUCAAUGCCUACAACCUAGCAAUUCAGUUGAAUCACAAACUCCCAAUCUUGUACCUCAACCGUGCUGCCUGUCACCUCAAACUGAGAAAUCUACACAAAGCCAUUGAAGACUCUUCCAAGGCACUUGACUUAUUGACACCACCUGUUGCUGACAAUGCUGAUGCCAGAGUAAAAGCUCACAUCAGAAGAGGCACUGCAUUUUGUGAAUUGGAAUUAUAUGCUGAAGGUCUUCAAGAUUACCAGGCAGCCCUGAAGAUUGAUCCCCUUAAUGAAACAAUACAUGCAGAUGCAGAAAAGAUCAGAGAGAGAAUUCAAGGAACAGUGCCUGAUUCUUAAUGAAGAAAUAGAUUUAUAGUUUUUUUUUUUUAAAUAAUAAAUAAAUCUUGUUUUCAGACUGAAGGCUGCCCAUAAUAACUGAUAUUCAUUGAUAUUCAUUUAAUAAUUACAGUGUUAAAAGAAAUUGUAAUUUUUUUUUCAUUUUUAUGAUUGAUAAAUCUGCUAGUCAGAACAAUAGUGAAUGAAAUAUUUUAAAGGUGUCAUUUUACUAGCAAUGGAAAUAUUUCACAGAAAACAGACUAUUUAAUUGUUCUCAGUCCUGGGUAUGCCCCUAUCUCAUUUCUAUAUGAGCUAUUUCUGUAUAGGACACUGAAACUAUUUAAUUAGUUAUAAUAGAGCAGACUUUUUGCUAAGUUGCCCAAGGAUUAUAUUGACUACCAAACAACAAACAUGAUUAUAACUGUUAUUUAAUGAUAACACUGCAUAAAAUGACAAACCAUCAGUUUUAUUCAUCAGCAGUUGUUUGUUUUGUUGUUUGGUAAGUUUUAAAAGUGCCAGGAUUAAAAAGUAUUAAUGACAGAACGACUUGCUGUAUUAUUUUCAAUCUUCAUUUUAAACCCAUAGGUGGCCUUUCUGAUUAUUAUUUGAAACUUAAAGGGUUUAAAUAAUUCAAGCUUCCUUACAUAAAUGAAGGUUUAACAAUUGUGAUUCAUAAUAAACAACACUGUAUACAUGUGAGAUUGCUGAAUGUUAUGUUCCUAUUAGCAAUCAUUCUUUAACACAUGUGAUGAGCCAAUAAAGUUAAUAAACUUGUGUGUGAUCAAUUGUUUUUUAAAAAAUAUAAUACUUGUUUUUGGUUAGUUGAUUUUAAAACAUGCAAGGUUACAUAUUACACAACCAUUAUUGUAACAAUAAUAACUAUUUUUACUGCAUCUUAAACAAUAGUCUUUGUGGGACAGCUCUGAAACAUAUGACGUGCAUGCUUUGAGACGUAUUAUUAAAACUGUAAAUAUUUAAAAUCACAAAGCCCAUAAUAUUAACUCCUAUUGUGUCACAGAUAACCUUCAUGAGAUCUCAUCACCACAUUAAUAUUCAAAAAUGUAUACUGCAAAAAUACUCUAAAAAAAUGACCAGACUUUGUCAUAAUGAACCCACUUGAAAUUGUUAAGA